GCGAACCUAGCCCGCUGCUAGGCAAGACUCAGAUGUGAUUCACGUUCCGGUUGUGUUCUGUCUGCUGGUGAGGCUAUUGAGUGUCGUUUACUGAAUGGGCACGCUGAGGAAAUUCGUAGAUCACAUUUUGCCGGCAUCUAACCAAACCAAGGAGAAAAAUCUCGAUGCUUUAGAUGCCCUUGAUCACUCGUGGGGUUCCUCUGUGCCCGAGCCUAUUGAUUACGAACUGUAUCUAGCGAAACACAGAACAUCCAUCGCGAACGAUCCACACAGGGAUAUUUUGUUGUUUCCUUCGGAUGACCUCAAGCUUACACGCCUUCCAUGUCCUCACCGGAUUGCAAACGCCGGUGCACCACCCGAAGCAUUGCAACCCGGCGCCUUUGCAGACAAUCCACUUGGACGUCAUUCCGUCAGUUUCUUGGCCAAUACUGAGUGGAUAUGCAUUCACCAAUCAUCUGCUUUGUAUCGUGGUUCCUACUGCAAGUUGCCACGUACUGAGUAA